GGCACUAAUACCGGUGUCCUUCAGGUAUCAGGUUCAACGUUCGAUGUUGAACCUGUUUGCACAUUCCUAGCGGGCAGCCAAGAAGGGAAGACAAAUCUUCUGUCAAUAUGAGCAGUAGGCUGGAUGCACUGGAGAAGGGUGUGAACCCAGUUGGGCCGGGCCCUCCUGCUCCCGCUUUGCCGCUCCCUUCGCCCGAGGAACCGGUUCCAGAAUCGCCUGCUCCGUCGUUGCCUCUGCCUGCCGCACCGGUUGGACAGCCACCUGUGGAUCCGACCACUCCGAUGGCCCCGGGUGCUGGCGGGGCAGCGGUCCUGGUUCGGGUCCUAAUGUGUGACCAUUUGUUGGUCUUCUGGGCCUUCAAGCGGGCCAGCACCUCCCACUGGGGAUCCCAGCUGGGAAUGGGAAGAACGGCUUCUGUUUAUUGGUUGGGCAUGCGGGGCAUGCUCUGGAAUCAGUUGCUUCCAGCAAUCAGGGAACACCUAGCUAGGUUUCCUAGGCCCGAUGUUCUGGUGUUACAUCUGGGGGAGAAUGAUUUGGGCCGGCGGACUGGCCUGGCUAUUAUUCAGCAAGCCUCCUCGGACCUGGCGAUUUUGCAAGGGUGGAUGCCGGGGGUGCGCAUACUUUGGGUUAACUGGCUCCAGCGCAGAGUCUGGCGAGGUGCUCGCUCUGGCCUGAGCUUGGAAAAAGCGCGCAGGAAGACUUCGGCCGCAAUCAGCAAGAUUGUGGUCGUGGCUGGGGGGGGCCAUCCUGUGGCAUCCGGGUUUAGCCGCUCGCUUCCCUGAGCUAUAUCGCCCGGAUGGUGUUCAUCUUCCUGAGCAAGGUUGUGAUUUGUACUUGUGCAACAUCCGGAGGGGGCUUGCUGAAAUUUUAGGCAGGUGUGGGGCAGGAAGGUCAAGCAAUGGCUAACCUUCCUGGGUGGCAGUAACAGUGCGGGCUGAGGGGUAAGGAGGUAUAGAUUAACGGUGAGCACCCUUGAAUAUUUAAAGGUGGAUUGGUAAAUUGCUCCUUUGUGGCCUGUGUGGCACGGGGAGACUUUGAUUGCCAAGAAACCUGCUUCAGGACUUCACCAACCUUUGGGCUGUGCAGUCCGGGGUGUAUGUGUGUGUGUGUGAAGAUCUGGAGCUGUCCAGAUCCCCCCUUCUAAAAGGGGGUGGUUGGCUUUGAAGGAAUAGGGUGGGAUGUACCUGCCUCUUUCCUGAGCCAGGGUGUGUCACCCAUUUAGUUGAUGGGUAGGAAGUUUGAAUCCUAACCCAUGCCUAGGUGCCCACACUGUUUAUGACAGUGAUUAAUCACCUGGUUUUCAGUCCGCCAUGCCUGUUGUUAUGUUAAUAAAGCGUGGCCCAUU